UUCCGCCAUCCUCUGCGGUUAUAAUAAUCAUCAUCAACCGCCCGCCACACUCUGAUCACCGUCUGAAUGACUGACAAUCAUGGCCAUGCCGCAGUCAAUCACCGACCUCUUCGCUCGACUCGCUUCUCACCUUCAAUUACCGAUCAGCGAACGCGAAAACGAAGAGGAAGCUCUCAAUCUCGCAAUUUCGAAGCUAAGUCAAUCUUUGAACCUUAACGAAACCGAUUCUAGGGUUAGGGUUUUGGAUACCGCUCUCUCCCUUAUGUGCUUCGAGGCACCCCAGGUUUUGGAUUCGGCGAUUGAGUAUUUGGUGAAGACGAUCGUUAGCGUUUUAUCUUCUUCAGUUAAUUGCAAAGUUUUUCGGCUUCAAAACCAAGAGUUUUUGCUUAUAGGUAGCGGGAGCUUGGGUCAAAAUAGCGUGGAAUUGGUUGCAAUGUGUAACAAUGUUUAUGCAAAGCUAGAGGGAAAAGGGGUGUUUUCUCAUUUGCUUUUACGUGCUGUUGUAAGGGUAGCAGUUUUGGCAUCUUGCUAUCUGUAUUCACACCCAUUUGUACCUAUGCUUGAUGUAAAAUCAAUUGAAGGAAGAAGCGCAGCUGUUUCAAAGUUGCACUGUCAUUUACCCACAGAACUGUCCCUUGAAAAUGAAGAGCUGCCUUUAAGCAGGUUGCUAUUCUGGUAUCUUGACCCACUAAUUCUGAAGCAAGCUAUCUCAAAGAUUUUAAAAGAUGCCACAGGCAGGCCUUUCCUUUGUUUGAGUGAGGAAUUUCACCAGAGAAUAGAUUGGCGCGCUAUCAUUAUAUGCUUGGUGCUUUCUCCUGUUAUGUUUAUUGAGACCAGAGCUCUAUUGCAUAGCUGGUUUCUUAAGACGGGUCUGGCUUCUGUACUUGACCUUCUGGUUGGAUUAGUGUCAGCAGUACUUGAUGUAAUUUCCAGACCAACAUGGUGGGGCAUAUCCACGGAAUUGGGAUCUAAGCUGUCAUUUUCCUGUGCAUAUUUCCCCAACAAGAACCAUUUGUUGAGGAUUUUAGCUGGAGCCUUCUCUGCUGAAAAUUUCCUGCAUUUAGUUCAGGCCACAAGUGAACACGUUUCUCUUGGUAAGGAACAACUACGUCCAGCCGUCAAGCCAAAAUCAAUGGACAUUACUAGCAUUGAUCACAAAUCUCUCUGGGCUUUGGCUAUAGACUUCCCAGAUUGGUUCUAUUUUGCUUCUUGUCUACUUUUCCCUGAGAAUAGUCUCCAAAAAGAAUUUCAAUCAAAGUGCACAUUUGCAGCGCCUAAAGUUGGAGAAACACAUGAUAAGGAGUUAUUGUCUAUAUCUGCAGCGAGGUAUAUUUCAUGGAUUCUAAGCCCCAUUAGUAAAUCUAAUCAGGAUUUGCUAGUUGAUUUUUUGAUUAAAAUAUCAGAGUCUUGGGCUCUGAAACAAUAUGACUCAGUUAUGCACAACAAAGAACCAGCUGCCUGCAAGAAGAAAUGUAAGAAACCAAAACUUUAUGACAAGAGGGAUCAUUAUUCUCUGGCAAAAGAGUAUGAUUGUCAAAAGAUGGGAAUCUGGCUCAAUGAAAUUGAAAACGUAUACCUUCAGUAUGCUAAUAAAACUGUCAACAGUUCUGCAUCUGCUGAUUCAAAUGCAUCCCAUGUUAGCCUACAGCAAAAUGUGCUUUUAAGGAGAAUCCCUUUAGGCAUCUUGAUUGGGUGCCCCAAUUGUAUAACCGAGGAUGCAUGUGCACUGCUGCUGCACUAUGCCGCAACUGGUAAGAUACUUCAGCCAAGGGAAACUAUGACAACUGGAUUAAGACAUGUAAAACAGAAGUCUGAACGGCCGGACUUAACUAUAUGGAUGGACAAAUGUAGUAAAAGAGAUGUUUUAGCUGGUGCCUGUCUUGUUUUUACUUUGACAGAUGCUGUUGAUAGUAUAUCUGCUUCAUUGUUCGAUACUGAAGACAGUGAGUUAGAAUAUAUUUACCAGGUGAAGGUAAAGGCUGGUAAGUAUCUGAUGAAGUGCAUCAAGAGACUAAGCCAGCUUAACAUCGACAAAGAUGAAGUUUUGACGUUAAGGGAUCUAUGUAGUAGAUUGGGGCGAUGGAGGCAUCAAGGGCGAGAAACAUUACAAGUUCAGAAUGAAAUAGAUGAUGUCAUGAAUGACUUGAGUCAGAAAUUAUCUUCUUUAUGAGAAGAUUCUGUAAAGGAGAACUGACAUAUUGUUCUUGCCCCCUUACACCUUCUUCCCUCCAUUUCCGUCUUUUCAUUUGAGAGGGAAGCUCUUCUGCCCGCUUGAGUUUUACCAUCAUUCUAGUGUACAGGGGGAGAGAUUUAUCAAUGUUGUGAAAAGAAAUUGUAAAGAAACGAUUGAAUUGUGUAUUCUUUUACAUAUGUGUGAAUAUGGCAUAGCCUCCUUGCAGCAACUCAGUAAUCCACUUAAACAUCAUUGAGUCUAGUUAAUAGAUCAAUGAUGAUGCUACAACAUGAUGAAUUAAAGAAGAAGACAGUAACAACCUCUACGAAAGAAUUUAAACUCAAAUUGCUUUUGAAAUACUUGGAUUUAUUACUUUCCUGUUUAUUUUUACAAAGAGAAGCAAUGAAAUUGCUUUCCUCUUGAGACUUACAGGCAUAAAUUGAUUCCAGCAAGCUAGAGUAAUCCUAGAUUUUAGAAAGUGAUCCUAAGUAUUAUGUAUGAAGCUUUAUCACACAAAUAAUAGCUUCUCUAUGUACACAAAGCAUCCUUUCAACCACUACACAACCAAUAUUUGGCAUUGGCCAAACAGAGUGUGCUGUGUUCACUCUGUUCUUUAUUGCCUUCUAGCAGAGUCAAAUCCAUAUCAUCUUUGCAGUAUAGAAUGUGUAAGCUUGAACUACCUUUAAAACUCACAGAGGCUGUGAGGGAGUAUCUACGUACUGAAUAUGAACUAGUCUGGACUUAAAUUUUUUUGGUUUA